CACCUGUAUCUUCCGCAGCCCUGCACUUCUUUGCAAUCCCCCAACUCCAUCAAUUCCUCUGAUUUAAUUGUCUCAACAUCUUCAACCUCAACUUUGGGAAGCACCCUCAGACCUUAGCUGCUUUUCGCAAUGUUCGAGCAUUUCGAGCUCCGUCACUUUCCCCCACUCUUCAUCGCAACCACCACAGCUUUCGGCGGCACAAUGCCGCUCUGGAAUCCCGAAAAGGCCAUUCUGACCUUUGGUUUCCCUCAAAACAUCGCAAGCUCUAGACCUGCUCAUCCGGUCAUGGCGGUUGGCUCGGCCCGCAUCACCUGCACAGGCAUUGCGCUAUGGGCGCUUUACCUCAAGGGUCAUCUUGAAGCAAUGGAUAUCGUUCUCGCGUCAUUGGGGUGGCUUGCACUGGUUGAUGGGUAUAUUGUACUGCAAGAGAGUGGGCGAGGAAAGGCAACUUUCCGGUUCCUGAGCGCUGCAGUGGUCGCGAUUUGGGGCAUGCUGGGGAUGACUGCUGGGAGAUGAUGAGACGGGCUUCUAGCGGACAACAACUUGUGAGAUACCAUGAGCAUAGAAAAUGGAAUGCUGCGUCUUAUUGGAUUCUGAUCCUGCGUUUUCACACAGGCUCAGCGCGCCUCGCUGACCGAACAGCGGCAACGCAGCCUUCUUAUCACCCG